CCUUGGCGGCUUCCGCAUUGGCACGUUUGGCUGGCAAGUGUGGUUGUUUCUGCUCAAGCCGGAGACCAGUUUCGUGGUUGUACUGUUGUAGGUCUUCAGUUUUAUGACAAAAUUGAGUUUGCCAAGAACUGUCUGGUGACCAGUUUUGUUGUUUGGAAAGUGCGAGCACUGUGAGUUUUUCUGUACAUUUGAUCGUCGCCUAGCUUGCGACAAGACCUCCAGAGUGUGUCGGCAGGCCUGUUAUGAAUCGCGGUCGUCAUGUCCGCUCGGCAGGGGCCGUCGAUUCAAAUGAAAAAGGAGUUGGCAAGUGAGGACCCGGCUGUGCUUGCCCUAGCUGAGCUGGUCAAUGGAGCUACUUUGCUCAAAGCCGUGCGCAAUGGCAAACCUCACUUCAGGGACUUCAGCAUUUCCAAAGAUCUCACAAAGCUAACAUGGAAUUCGGCCAACAAGAAAGAUGCAGGAGUGCUCAUUUCGGAGAUCUUGGAGAUUCGGCAUGGCCAGAAAACCAAGAUCUUCAAGGACAACCCCGUGCCGGAGUAUGAAGGUGUGUCAUUCUCGGUGAUGAUGGAGAGACGCUCGCUGGACAUUGUGUGCAAAGAUCAACGCGAGUAUGAAGCCUGGACGCGAGGUCUGGAAGCCUUGUUGGGUGGCUACAAGGACGUGGAUGCAGUCAUGUCUGUCUACAACAAGCAUCAACGGGUUAGCCAACUAAAGGUAGCGUAUGAUUCACAUGGUCAGGCCAAGAUAGCUGUGCAGGAAGACAAAUGUGAUGUGUACACUUGGGGCAAGGGUUACCAUGGUAUUCUUGGUCAUGGAGAAGAAGAUGAUGAGCGAUCACCGCGUGUCCUUGAGGCCAUACUCGGUCGUGGUAUCAAGCAGCUCGUCUUGGCCGACAAACACAGUAUUGCACUGGAAUCUUCUGGUGAUGUCUACUCCUGGGGCAAUGGCCAGUUUGGAAAGCUUGGCCACAACAACCUGCACCCGCGCUUCUUGCCACUGCGCGUCGCCGCCUUGUCGUUUGACGUGUGCCACGUCUCCAUUGCCGCAUUCCACAGUGCCGCCGUACUAGAGAACGGAUCGGUCUACACAUGGGGUCAGGCAUUGGCGUCGGACCCGGACAUUGGUCGCCUUGGCUACUCGUGCACUCGUCGCUCUACUGUGCCGAAGAAAGUGGACGCUCUCAAAGACCACUGUGCUGUGAUGGUGGCGUGUGGUCAUGAUCAUACUAUGGUGUUGACUGAAGACUUCUACGUAGUCACAUUCGGUGACAACCGCCAGGGACAGCUGGGUACAGGCGAAGGCGUGAAUGAAAGUUUUAGCACACAGCUCUAUUUUGGUGAUGAUGUGGAGAUAGAGAAGGUCACCGCCGGCAACCAUCACUCGGCGGCACUCUCUAGUGAUGGAGAUCUGUUCCUGUGGGGUUCUAACCAGCAAGGGCAAUGUGCUAUGGGUGAGAAGGGUACAGUCUGGACUCCACAACGGGUUCCUCUACCGGAGAAGGUGGAGGAUGUUGCAUGCGGCGAGUUCCACACGUUGGUGGCUACAGAGGGUGGCGCGCUGUUCGCCUGUGGUGCCAACAGCGAGGGCCAGCUGGGCAUGGGUGUGGCGGCCAAGAAGACCAAGUACACGGCCAUGACACCGCUCACCUGCAACUCAGCCAAGUUUGUCAAGGUGGCCGCCGGUGCACUCUCCUCCGCCGCUGUAACUGAUGCUGGUCGUCUAUACACCUGGGGUAAUGGUGAGCAUGGCAUACUUGGACAGGCUGACACCAAACCAAGAUUCAGUCCUACGGAGGUGGCUGGUCUCGGUGAUAAGAUGGUUCGGUCAGUGGCUAUCGGCUGCAAUCACAUGGGGGCGCUCACACUCAAUACCUGGGUCGGUGACGACGAGACGAAACUUUGUAUGUCCUGCAAGCUCAAGUUCACCACAGUGCGGCGACGGCAUCAUUGUCGCCAGUGUGGAGGUGUGUUCUGCAGUAACUGCACCACCAAGCGAUUCCCUCUCCUGGACAAGGGCUUCAGUGACCCUGUACGUGUUUGUGACCGAUGCUAUGCACUGCUCACCAGGAAGGCAGCAGCACACUGAACAAGUGACAUUUCUACAUCUAUUUUUUUUACUUCUAAACAACAAAAGUAUACUCGUCCUGCAUGGUACAUGCAUUGAUAAGAUUUCUUGCAUCAGCCGAUAAUACUUUACUCUUGCCAUCAUGGAUUUUAGAUGACGUUGGCAAAUUUCCACGAAACAUCAUAUUCUUAUCUAGGGCUAAUAGUAGCACCGCACUCAUCGCACAUACAUUCCGAGAAGAACCAAACAAAAAGGCUUGCUUACCUAACCUUGCCCUCACGCACACAGAACUCUAGUUUCAAUCAUUGUUUUACCUGCAGGCACAGCAGCCAUUUUGGUUUUUUCUUCAUUUCGUUACAGACUUCAUGAAAGACUUCUUUUGGAGUUUCCGGUCGCCCUCCUUCCGCUUCUCCUGUUUUAACCCCUUGAGAUGUUUGCGAUCUCUGUCACCCCUUGAGAUGUUUGCUAUCUCUUUUUAUUUAGCCCAUGUUGGCAUUUAUGAUGGCAGUGAUCUGCAAUCUGCACUUUUUAUAACAUCCUAUGAAUAAUCACUAGCAAAUAUUUAUACCAUAUUUCUUCCCAUCAACGUUGUCCUCGAAUCGAUUGA